CCGAAACCCACCUGCUCCAAUGGCUCCAAUCAGUAUUUGAACUCAAGCUCCAAAAGUGCGAGAUCACAGAAGAUGGCGACCGCUCUGGUGGUGUCAACCACAGUUCCUACAAAUCCAAAAAAGGAGAAGUGUGAAAAAGCUGCUCCAAAAGUUGUCAGUCCAGAGGCGUACAUCAAGCACCCACUUCAAAACAGGUGGGCCCUUUGGUUUUUCAAAAAUGACAAAAGUAAGACGUGGCAGGCCAACCUCCGGCUCAUCUCCAAGUUUCACACUGUAGAAGACUUCUGGGCACUGUACAACCACAUCCAGCUGUCCAGUAACCUCACAUCCGGCUGUGACUACUCCCUCUUUAAGGAUGGCAUCGAACCCAUGUGGGAGGAUGAGAGGAACCGCAGAGGAGGCCGCUGGCUCAUCACUCUGUCCAAGCAGCAGCGCAAAGCCGACCUGGACCACUUCUGGCUCGAGACUCUCCUGUGCCUGGUGGGAGAGGCUUUUGACGACUACAGCAGCGACGUGUGUGGAGCGGUCAUCAACGUGCGCGCCAAAGGAGACAAGAUCGCCAUCUGGACCACGGACUACGAGAACAAGGAGGCCAUCACACACAUAGGGCGCGUGUACAAGGAGAGGUUAGGAGUGCCUCCUAAAGUGAUCAUCGGGUACCAGUCUCACGCAGACACAGCCAUCAAGAGCAGCUCCACCACCAAGAACAAGUUUGUGGCAUGAUCACACCGUGCACACAACUCGCACAACUCCAACUGCACAUUUCUUUGGACUUCCUCCUUUUGUUUGUUUUAUAAGUGUUCUCUAAAAUGGGAGGUUAAUAUAUUAAAGUUCUGAUACACCGUUCUGAAGUAUUAGUUGAUUCUUGAUCCUGAACAAAGAUGAGAAAAGCUUGUGUUAAGUUUACUUGAAAUUAUUCUUUUGUUUAUUGACUACACAGGAUUUGGAAGUGACAUUAGAUGUACCUGAAUAUGCAGUAUUUUACUUUAGAGCCUGUACUGAAACUUGGGCUGUAAGUCUGUCUAUAGGUGGCAAGGGAAAAAAAAUCUUUGAGUGCCUUAUUCCCAUUUUCUGUGAACAUAAACCAGAUGUAAAUAAAAGUAACAUUCAUAA